AUGCCCCCGAAAACAGAUCCCGAGUCUAACCCCGUGCUUCUGCGGGGAACCAAAAAACAUUUGCUUGACGCUUUCGAGCAACUGAAAACCAUCUUCGCUGAUGGAGGAGAAGUGUUAAGUGAUUCGGUCGAUGCGUGGUCUGAAAGGUUAGAGCAAAUUGCACAGGAAUACCGUCGUGUGGUUUGCGAGUUAGAGACUGUUCACGGGGAUGAUUCGUACAAGACUGAACGACUUAAUUUUGACAAAUCGUACUGUGUAAUGCGCGCCAUUGCUUUGAAGCUGCAAAGGGGAAACCCUACUCCGCCACCCCCUCAAGCCCCACGAACAGUGACUAACAUUCGGUACCCUGAGUUAAGUCUACCGCGCUUCAGCGGGCGGCUAGAAGACUGGUGCGUUUUUCGCGAUGCUUUCGAUUCCGCUAUCGGUUGCCGUACAGAGAUCAGUGACUAUGAGAAGUUUCAAUACCUGAAUGGUCUCGUUCAGGGUGACGCGUCGCGGAUUGUGAAUUCCGUUCCGGUCAGUCAGGACGGAUAUCGCGAUGCGUGGAGAGCACUAAAAUUGCGGUACGAGAAUAAGCGUCAGCUGGUUCGUUGCCACAUUCAAGCUUUGUUUGAUACCCCGGCAAUGAGGAGGGAGUCAGCAGAGGAAUUACUCAAUCUUGUCGAUCGUUUCGAGCAGCAUUUGGCAGUAUUGAAGCGGUUGGGGGAGGAUACGCUUGCCUGGAGCUCUCUGUUAGUUUUCCAGCUUUCCAUUCGCUUACAUCCAAACACCUUGAGGGAAUGGGAAAACCAUUGCGUCCGUCUUGAUUCCGACAACGUGGCCGCCGUUCUAGGAGGCACGGCUGAAGGCGAUGAAGACGAUGAUGAGGAUGACUUGCCGUCGUACGUGAGGAUGGUAAACUAUUUGCAGAAUUAUGCGAGGGUGCUGCAGUCAGUAGGUCCAUUCAGAGAUCGGGAUGCGAAGCCCAAGCCGGUAAGGUCCGCCGUUCAUGUCAGUUCGCCACCUGUCUCGUCCAUUCCUAAAUCUCCUCGAAAAUGUGCGAAGUGUCACCAAGAUCAUUUCCUGUAUCAGUGUCCGGAUUUCAACAAGCUCUCCGAGAACCAAAGGCUGGAGUUUGCAAAAAAACCUUAA